AUGGAAUUUAUACCCACCAAUUCCUUUGUGAGCCCUUUAAAGGGAUUCUUGAUAUUGUCACCAGCAUCUCAAGAAGGGAAAGGUGGCACCAUGUUCUCUAAAUUAGAUGAUGGACCACGAUUGUAUGCUGUCGGAACCAUGCAGAGAGUCAACCAGAAAAUCGCGCAUUUCAAAGGACUGCAAAAAAUUGACAGUAGUGACCUGGUGAUUGAGGAUGCAAAAAGACUUUCAGGACAAAAGAGAGCUGGACAAACAUCAAGGCCAAGUAGAGGGAAAGAGAAAGAGUGGAAGUCAAUACGGGGUAUACGUGCUUCCGCUGAUAUACGUCAGAGCAAAGUACCCCAGAAGAAGGUGGCAUCAGAAAAAGAUAAGCUUGUAGAGUUGUAUCAAUAUCCAGGGUACAAUAAAGAGGAACUGACACCUCUGCCAAAUGGAAUUGAACUAGAUGAAAUUGUGGAGAAAGUGAUUCGUGCGCAAGGAAGAACACCCAUUGGGAAGACAGCCUGGUCCCUGAAGAUGCUGCGCAGGUUUCUCCAUGCUCCCUGCAUCCAAGCUGUUUUAUUGGAUAGUUUCUGGUGGCUUUUUCUACACCUGUACCAUCCAAAUCUGGAGAUUCAGGGAUAUUUAUUUGACCGCGUUGCAGAAAAUUAUUCCCGUAUGCUACUGGGCUGUCACAAGGUUUCCAACCAGGAAAACAUUCUUAAAUUUUUCCCAUCAUUGCUGUGUCAAACGGUGUACACCUGCUUCUGCUCCUGUUUCACAAGGUCAUGGUUCAACACGCAGGAAUUCAAGGCCCAGCUCUGCGAUGUCUUCAGUGAGUGGCUGGGAGGUAUGCUUCAUGCUCCUGGGAAAUACAAUCAAUGGGAUUAUUCCCAACUAGAACCAGAGCGAUCCAGGAGAGAAGACAUGUUUUCAGCAAAGGGCAAAUUAGGAACUGAUGAUGAGGAUGUCUUUGGUGCCUCCAAGACUUCUGACAGUUCAAAAAAGUCUAUCAAGCCGCCUUCUCGAGUCCGAAAGAGACCUCAGAGACCUGUUAGCAAGCCCGCUGAUGACCUCCAGAAGCUUUCCUCCAGGAAUAUAGAUCAGCCGUCUUCUUCAACAGAAAAUACAUAUAUUCAGUUUCAGUCAGCAAUGCGCGAUGACCUGUUCAGGCGGAAGGAUUCAAGGAGCAAACAACGAAGCACCUUCAAAAAGAGGAUAAAGAUUGCUUACCUUCCCAGAGAGUCACACCCAGCCUGUCGUGGUCCUGAGUUCACCUGGCAUCUCUUGAACAUCAAUGGACACAGCCCUGUCAUUCAGCACUUCCUCCAGAGUAAGAAGUGUGAACCAAAGGCAGGAUGUGACAUCUUCCUGUCCAGGAGGCAGAUCUGCAAGCCUGUGCCUGCUUCUGCUGAGACAUAUGCACGUGUGAUCAAACAAAGUUUCAGCAACCUCCGCCAGAGUGGCAAGGCUUAUAGAAAGACCUUUUUGAGACACUGGAGAGAAAUGAAGAAUUUUGACCAGCAUUGCAAGGAGACCCAAGAGCUUUUCAGACAAGAGGACCAAGAAGAUAUUAAGAAAAAAAUGGCAGAAAAGAAGAAAGAGUUGCUUUCUCUUCGUCCAGAUGGACUAGACACUUCACACAAGAUUUCAAAUGUACCAAAAAAUCUGCAUCCCGGAACCUGA